AGGCGGCCUCUCGCCAUGGCCAAGUGGCUGAACAAGUACUUCAGCUUGGGCAACAGCAAGACCAAGAGCCCCCCGCAGCCGCCGCGGCCAGACUACCGCGAGCAGCGGCGCCGGGGCGAGCGGCCCUCGCAGGCCCCCCAGGCGGUGCCGCAGGCCCCGGCGGGCGCCUCCGCGUCCUGCGGCCCGACUGCCGCCUCCUGCUUCUCGACCUCUUCGGGAUCGCUGCCCGACGACAGCGGCAGCACGAGCGACCUCAUCCGCGCCUACCGCGCACAGAAGGAGCGCGACUUUGAGGACCCCUACAACGGGCCCGGCUCGUCGCUGCGCAAACUGCGCGCCAUGUGCCGCCUGGACUACUGCGGCGGCGGCGGGGAGCCGGGCGGGGGCCAGCGCGCCUUCUCCGCCUCGUCCGCGUCGGGCGCCGCCGGCUGCUGCUGCGCCUCCUCGGGCGCGGGCGCCGCCGCGUCCUCGUCCUCGUCCUCCGGCUCCCCGCACCUGUACCGCAGCAGCAGCGAGCGGCGGCCCGCCACCCCGGCCGAGGUGCGCUACAUCUCCCCGAAGCACCGCCUCAUCAAGGUGGAGAGCGCCGCGGGCGGUGCCGGAGACCUCCCGGGGGGGGCCUGCUCGGGCGGCCGCACCUGGAGCCCGACGGCCUGCGGUGGCAAGAAACUGCUCAACAAGUGUGCCGCCUCGGCCGCGGAGGAGAGCGGGGCCGGCAAGAAGGACAAGGUGACCAUUGCUGAUGACUAUUCUGAUCCCUUUGAUGCAAAGAAUGAUCUCAAGAGCAAAGCAGGAAAGGGAGAGAGUGCUGGCUACAUGGAGCCCUACGAGGCCCAGAGGAUCAUGACAGAAUUUCAGAGGCAAGAAAGUGUCCGGUCCCAGCACAAAGGCAUCCAAUUAUAUGACACCCCUUACGAACCUGAGGGCCAAAGUGUCGACUCAGACUCAGAGAGCACGGUCAGCCCCCGACUGCGGGAGAGCAAGCUGCCCCAGGACGAUGACAGGCCCGCCGACGAGUACGACCAGCCAUGGGAGUGGAACCGGGUCACCAUCCCAGCUCUGGCAGCCCAGUUUAAUGGCAACGAGAAACGGCAAUCAUCCCCCUCUCCUUCCCGGGACCGGCGGCGCCAGCUUCGAGCUCCUGGAGGGGGCUUCAAGCCCAUUAAGCAUGGGAGCCCUGAGUUCUGUGGGAUCUUGGGAGAAAGAGUGGAUCCUGCUGUCCCGCUGGAAAAGCAAAUCUGGUAUCACGGAGCCAUCAGCAGAGGAGAUGCUGAGAACCUUCUGCGGCUCUGCAAGGAGUGCAGCUACCUUGUCCGGAACAGCCAGACCAGCAAGCACGACUAUUCCCUCUCUUUGAAGAGCAACCAGGGCUUUAUGCACAUGAAACUGGCCAAAACCAAAGAGAAGUAUGUUCUGGGUCAGAACAGCCCCCCGUUCGACAGUGUCCCAGAAGUCAUCCACUACUAUACCACCAGAAAGCUGCCCAUCAAAGGAGCUGAGCACUUGUCCCUCCUCUACCCGGUGGCUGUGCGGACCCUCUGAAUGAACCAGCCCCACGCUGCUCUGUGACAGGGCCCAGACUUGGAGGGCGCCCACCAGCGCCGGCCACUGUUGCGUGCCGCGGCCAAUUUGUCGUGUGUAUGGUACUAGCACACCACUGCAUGUCUCUAGAAUGCUGUUGCCACUCAUGGGGGCUGGAGAAAGACAGAAGGACAGCCAACGCACCACCCCAGCCCCCACCCCCACCCCCUCCUUGAGUUUCUGUGAAUUAAAAUAUUUGCAAAUCCAAAGAGAUGCCUUCCAGGAUGAACAAAGGAGAGCAGCUCCAGAGGGGCGAGGGGCGGGGCGGGAGCUCCCUGGGCUGCAGCUCUUUGUUCUCCAGCGGUCACAAAUUCACACCUGUGGGAGGGGGCACAGUUUCCCACGGGUCCUCUUCCAGUGCUGGGAGACAAAUGCGGGUUCUCCAAGACCCCAGAAGACCCCAGUAGUCCUGCCUCCCCUCUGGUGUGUGUGUAUGUGUGAGUGUAAGCACAUACGUGAGAGAACAUGGUCACACACAAAUGUAAGUCCACCAAUCCACUUUUAGCCCCUCCGUGUAAUCAUUAGGAGAUCUUCAAGGAAUCAUUGUGCAGUCACAAAGAGGAUUCAAUUAUUUAUGAAUAGGGUGUGUAAAUAAAAUAGUCAUUUAAUAUAUA